GCGCACACAAUGACGCUUCCGUCUUCCUCGCGCACCUUCUUCACGCGCGCUCUUGUGAAUAAAAUGGCGGACGGUGCAGCUAGCUAGUCGGAGCUAAUAAAACAUUUAAACGGUUCUUUGCGGUUUAAUGUGUAUCCGCGUUCAUUUCUCCUAGGACAUACGGUUAUUGCUUUUGUUGACCUCUAAAAACGACUGGAACAUUACCAUCUGACAGAAGAAGCUACACACACAUUCCUGUCAUGAGGAGGAACGAAAAUCAACCAAGACCAACGGCAGGCUGUCUGUCUGUUCCACUGUUUAACCAAAAGAAGCGGAGCAGAUUGCCACUGACGUCCAAUCCCUCUGAGAGUGAAAUGUUCUCUGGAUACGAGAACAGAGACAUGCUGAGCUUCACUUCAUCCGUCUAUCCAUCCAACAUCGGGAAUGCUCAGCCGUCACCAAAUCGAGCACCGCUGGCUCAGAGAAGUCAGUGGAACCAGCAAGCCACCCCACCACCUCAACAAAGCAAAGUGUGGUCCAGUGCUUCACCUGCUUCAACAGGAAGAGGAUACACACCUAUACCUCACCAACAGAAGUGCACCUAUACUUGGUCCCAGACAGGGCCACAGAGACCUGCAGGCAGACAGGACUCCAUGGCAACCACCCCAGGCUUCAAGCAAGGUGGAUUUCCAAGUGUGAGGGCACCCACUCAAAUCCAGAAUAAAACUCUGACUGCCAAGCAACCCAUGAAGCAGCAGUCAUUUAGCCGAAACAUCAAUCCACCCAGAGGCUCCUUCACACCUUCAGAUCUCACAGCACACACUCGGAGACCUGCAGCUCAGAGUCAGGGCUCCCAGUGGAAGAUCAAAUCUGGUGGACUUGGAGGGGGAACGUGGGUUGAGGACACUUUUGGUACUUUAGGAAGUGAGCGCAGUAUACAGCAGCAGAAAUCCAUGUUACAGGAAAAAGCACCAGCAAAGAAAUCUCUGCGAAUCCUCACCGCCGUUGUAGAGGGCAUGAAGCACUGGAGCCAGUUCAAGGACAAAGUUCCUAUGAUGUUUGAGAUUUUUGCCACUCUAGAUUCUGCAGUCACAAUAGGAAAAUUUGGUGCCAAGAACUUCCUAAUGAGGGAUGGAAAAGAUGCCGUGCCAUGUGUGUAUUAUGAAAAUGAUCAGGUGCUGCCGAGGCUGAUCCGGGGUCAGGUGCAUCGCUGUGUGGGGAAUUACGACAGACAGAAAAACCUUUUCACCUGCGUGUCAGUGCGGGCCGCCUCCCUGUCAGAGCAGAGAAAUGCUCAAGAGGCUGUGAAAGCAUCAGACGCCGAGAUGAGAAACGAGGUCCGGGCAUUUUCGGAAAUGUGAUGUGAACGGACACAGCAGGAAAGUUUUAUAGAUUGAAAGGUGUGUUUUA